GUACUUCCUACUAUGGAGUGGGCUGUGUUAUUGCUUCUCUGAAAAAAAAUUGCGUAUUAUUUUCGCAAUUAUUAUGUUUUACUAAUUUAAAAUAUUAAAUCCAGUAGACAAAUAAUAGUGAUUGCUGUUAUAAUAUAAAUUAAAAGCAGAUCACAAUGGCGAUACUCAUAUUUUUUAUGUUGGCAACUAUUCUCCCAAAUUUAAAUUCAGAAUAUAUUCCACCUGGCCCAGUAUACCCUUGUCCAAAAGAGUCCGACAAUCAGCUCCUGUUUCCCUGCGUAUGUCAAAAGGGGACAGAUGCAGGCUUGCACAUUAAAUGUGAGAAUACAGGGUUGGCAGUCAUGAGUGUUGGACUGGGGAAUAUAGCUAGUUUAGGGUUGCCAAUUGAAAGAUUGGAAUUAAAAGAAUGCAAAAUAUCCCAUCUCUUCGGCCCACUCCUCCAUCGCUCAACAGUACGUACGUUACACGUCAUCGACACACCCAUAAAGUCAAUAGAUGGCUACGCGUUUGCCGGUGUGAAAAGGACUUUGCAGGAAAUAUAUAUGGUCAAUACAAGGAUCAGUCAAUUUCCAAAGGAUGCUUUUAAGAUACUAGGUAACCUAACAAUCCUGUCAAUAGAUGGACACAGUAUGACGUCACUCAGUAAGGACAUUUUCGCUGGUAGCUUGGCUGUCGGACGGCUGGAGAAGUUGCAUCUCGUUAAUGGCUUGCUGUCUGAUAUUCCCGUUGAAGCCUUUCAACAUUUAAGAAAAUUGAAAAUAUUAGAUCUACACGGUAAUAGGUUAGUCAAUCUGAAGAGGAAUCAAUUUAAGGGACUACGGGACACGGAAGUGUUGGAUUUGAGUUAUAACAAAAUCACUAAACUGGACGGAAGCCAUAUUGGUGAUUUGACUAAACUCGGAUGGUGCAAUGCGAGUCAUAAUCAACUUCCGGAAAUACCGAGAGGUAUGUUCGCGAGAAAUACGGUCAUAAAAGUUGUACAUCUGGACAAUAAUAAGAUUAAGAAGUUGGACACGAACAGCUUCAGAGGGAUGAGGUUUUUGAGACGUCUGUACCUCCAGGACAAUCAAAUAUCAGAUGUAGGCAGAGGGACGUUCUCAGCGGUGACUCGUAUAGGAACAGUGGAUCUGGCGAGGAACUUCAUUACGAAGGUCGAUUACCAGAUGUUCCAGCAGGUCAAAUAUGCAGAGCUAAUCAACCUCGCAGAGAACAACAUCACGUUGAUCGACAAGCAAGCGUUCACCGAUUUGUACUUGGCCGUUGUGAAUAUAUCCCACAAUGCUCUGUCGAGAAUCGAACCGGGCGCGUUUCAGAACUGCAACAACAUGACGCUCUUGGAUUUGAGUUUUAAUAAUUUGAAAGAUAUCGAUAAGAAUGCGUUCGAUGAAAAUACGUACGCGAAUGAACUGCAAGUUUCACACAACGAGUUCACUAGUAUGGGGCAGAUACCGAUCCACAACAUGACGGGUAUCCGCGUGUUGAACGCGUCGUAUAACUUCAUAACGACGAUUCCCAAAGCGACGUUUCCGAAGCUGUACGAGCUGCACACGGUCGACGUGUCGCACAACAACCUCACGGACGUGUACAACGCCGUCUUCCAGAACUUGUUCUCUAUCAGAUACCUCAAUCUAAGUUACAAUUCGCUAGAGCGUAUCAAGCCAGCGACAUUCGGCACGAUACCGACGGUCCUGGAGCUGGACCUGUCGCACAAUAGAUUGCAAGACGUCUCUCGUGGUAGUCUGGCGAAGUUGGCUAGUUGCAGACUACUGGACAUCAGCUACAACUAUCUAACCAAGAUCUUCCAAAUACCCAUUAGUUUGGGUGAACUAAACUUCGGCCACAAUAACCUGUCGGAAAUUGCGUACAACACGUGGCCGACGAUGAACGCGCUGCUGCGGCUCAACCUGUCGGCGAACGCGCUGGCCGACCGCCUCUCGGGCUCCGCUUUCUCCGGCCUGCUGACGCUGCAGUCGCUGGACCUGUCGAGCAACGGGCUGACUCGACCCCCCUGGGAGGCGCUGAACACGUUGACUAGCUUGCAGUAUUUGUAUUUGCAGUACAAUAAUCUUACAUCGCUCUCCAAAUCCGCGUUCGGUAACUUGCCUACAACAUUCAAGCUCGACCUGUCGUACAACCAGCUGACGGACUUGGGGCCGAGGACGUUCAACGGUAUGCAACAGCUGUUGGAUUUGUCGCUACGCGGUAAUCAACUGGAGAAGAUACCGAACGAAGUUUUCAAAGGAUUAGUCGCUUUAAGGAAAUUGGAUCUCUCUUACAACAAACUGGACAAGAUAGACAACAAAACGAAUGGACUUCUAGACGACUGUCUGUCACUGGAAAUGGUGAACCUAAGCCACAAUCAAUUCGGUUUUCUAACAAGGAAGAUGUUCCCAGCGAAUCCUUGGAUACCGUACAGACUCAUGGAAGUCGACCUGAGUCACAACGAGAUACCGGUUGUCACGUAUGACAUAACAUUUGGCGGGAAGAAAUUGAAAAAGUUGAAUCUUUCCAACAACUAUAUUAAUGAUAUUCGGAAUAAUGUACUAGGUAACUUAACGUCAUUGGAAGUUAUAGAUCUGUCUAAUAAUCAGCUGAAAGAUCUGGUAUCGAGGACGUCGGAUACGACUUUCAAUCUUCCAGACAAUAUAACCGAGAUGUAUCUACAGAAUAACACGUUGGAAGUGUUGCCAGUCGACAGUUUGGUGAAGGCGAAGUAUUUCAAAGUGUUGGACGUCCGGAAAAAUUAUCUGACGAGUUUUUAUCCGGAAAUCGUUAAAAUGAUACGAGACAACGGCUUACGAGUAUAUUUCGAAGAUAAUAAACUCAAAUGCGAUUGCUUCACUCGUCCUUUAAAGCAUUACAUAGAUAAAUUACCCGCGUCGGUGUUGGCAGCUGACAAUAAAUAUAAAAACAUAACGUGCUUCGAGCCGCCGACGUUGGAAAACGAGAACUUCUUUAAUUUGGACGAGGAAAGAUUAUUGUGCGCCAGCAACGUCGAAUUGAAUGAUAAAAUAAGGAAUUAUGGCAACACUGAGUACGAUUUUACGUCCGAACCUGAUGUCUUGUUCAGGGAUGUGCAAUACUCGCAGACGUCAAUAUACGCGCAUUGGUACGUACCGACGGCAGACGACGUCGCCGAUUUUUAUCUUUACAUAAGGGACAAAAACAACACAUUGUACUUCAGCCAAGAUAUUUCCUACAACCUCCGUUCCCUAACGAUACCGGUUGAAAAAGAUUUCAAAACAACAGUCCAAAAUGGCGCCGACAUCUGCAUCCAAGCGAAGAGUUCCAACGGUUUCGCGCGCAAAUGGUUUGACAGCCAAUGUCAAAUAGUCCCGUCGAAUUUCGAUUCAUGGCCGAAGAAAUUGACAGUUGACAAAAGGAGGUUGUCGAAAAAGAAGGUCAAAUAUGGUUGGUUCGGCAAGAAUAGCGUGCUUGGCCUAGUAAGCGAUUCGAUUUUGAUAACGCUCUGCAUAUUUUUAGGCGUUUGUUUUAGGAGAUUGGCUGAUUUGGAUAUUUGAUUAUUUUAUAUAUAUAUUUAUUUUGGAAAAAACUAAUUGACCUUAAGAGGUUUUGACUUUUGCUUUUAUUGAAAGACGUAGUUUUUGUGUCUCUUUCUAAUUUAUAUAUUUAAUAAGAAAGAGACUCCGAGAAAAGUAUGAUGCGUUUAUUGGUUAAGCAGGAUAAUGAGUACUUUGCUUAUUAUUAUUUGAAAAACCGUGAAAAAUUCGUGUUUAAAACAGAUCAAAAACGUUUAUUUUAUUCCGUCCACAAAUACGGCUUUUGCUGUUUAAAAUACUCAUUAAUGACAAUUUUAAAUUAUUAUCGAGCUUAUUUAUACAAUUUAAUUAUAUAAUUCAUAAAAUCUCAUAAAAAAACAUUUUUGAUGG